GUUCUUUGUUUGGCCACUCCCUGUAGACCCUAUCAGGAGCUCAUGUUUUCAGACAGCCAAGAUUGAAUAGUGAACCACAACUGAGUAGGUGGCAUGCAAAGAAAUUGAAGUAUUUUUGAAUUCUAAAUGGUGCCGUUCUGAUGUCAUUAAAUUCUGUUUUUUCAGCAUCAAGGAAGAAGCAGUUGCUAUUUAUUGUAUUGCCAAGAUGGAUGUCAAAGAGGAGACGUGUGAAGUUGACAUAAGUAUCACAGGCCUAACAACUGUGAGUGUUAAGGAAGAGGACUGUGAAGGGGAGCCUGUCCACCCUAACAAGGACAGUCUCUGCAUUAAGGACGAAGAUUGUGAAGUGGGGUCAGUGGGCAUUAAAGAAGAGGCAGAGGAGAUGUCUGUCAGCCUUAAAGCACACAAACAUGAAAGCGUGAAGCCUGUCGAUGUCAAGUUGAAGUUUGAAUCAUUAGAGUCUGACACAAAGAGGACCAAGGAAAUUUCAUCUGCUAGGACUGAGGAAGAUCAAGCAUCACCUACACAUCAGUCUGAAGAAAAUUUAAAAGAUAUUGGCGUCAUCUCCUCUUCAUUUUCUUGGACAUCUCUGCAGUGUACAACAAAAGAAACACAGCACAAUGAAAGUAUGAAGAAAAUGAUCCACAAAUCAAAGAUGUUGACCCCGUCCACUCUCCAGUGCAGUUCACCACCGGUUUUGGAACUAAUAAGGACAGAUAAAGCAAGCAGUCAACAACAGAAGAACAAUUCAAACUCUUCUACUUUGUCUGUUUUUCAAAAUCAGAAAUGCAAACAUAAAUGUAAAAACAAUGAUAAACAGGACAGUCAUGUAAGAAAGAAGACAUAUUGCUGUUCUGCGUGUGGCAAAGAAUUCUUGUAUAGUAGCCAGCUUAAGACUCACACAAGAUUUCACACUGGAGAGAAGCCAUAUUGCUGUUCUGAAUGUGGAAAGAAAUUCGCCACCAACUGUGCACUUAACCGGCACACAAGAACUCACACUGGAGAGAAGCCAUAUUGCUGUUCUGAAUGUGGAAAGGAAUUUGCCACUAGAGAAACUCUUAAGUACCACACAAGAAUUCACACUGGAGAGAAGCCAUAUUGCUGUUCUGAAUGUGGAAAAGAAUUCUUACAAAUUAGCCACCUCCACACACACACAAGGAUUCACACUGGAGAGAAGCCAUAUUCCUGUUCUGAAUGUGGAAAGAAAUUUAGCACUAAUGAUUCGCUUAAGUACCACAAAAGAAUUCACACUGGAGAGAAACCAUAUCACUGUUUAGAAUGUGGAAAAGAAUUCACCGCCAAUGGUUCCCUUAAGAAGCAUAUGAGACUUCACACUGGAGAAAAACCAUUCUGCUGUUCUGAGUGUGGUAAACAAUUUGUGAACCGAAGUAAUUUUCAGCUACAUAAAAGAAUUCACACUGGUCAGAAAGCAUACCGCUGUUCAGAAUGUGGAAAAGAGUUUGCCACCAGUGCUGCUCUUAAGUACCACACCAGUAUUCACACUGGAGAGAAGCCAUAUUGCUGUUCUGAAUGUGGAAAAGAAUUCACCGCCAGAGGUUCUCUUAAGCAGCAUAUAAGAAUUCACACUGGAGAAAAACCAUUCUGCUGUUCUGAGUGUGGUAAACACUUUGUUAGCCGUAGCAAUUUUCAGUUACACAAAAGAAUUCACACGGGAGAGAAGCCAUAUUGCUGUUCCGAAUGUGGAAAAGAAUUCGCCACCAGUGGUUCUCUUAAGUACCACACACGGAUUCACACUGGGGAGAAACCAUAUUGCUGUUCUGAAUGUGGAAAACAAUUCACCAGCAGUGGUACUCUUAAGCGGCACACAAGAACUCAUACUGGAGAGAAGCCGUAUUGCUGUCCUGAAUGUGGCAAAGAGUUUGCCGCCAGUGGUACUCUUAAGCGGCAUACAAGAAUUCACACUGGACACAAGCCAUAUUGCUGUUCGGAAUGUGGAAAACAAUUUUUACAGAUUUCCCAUCUUCAAACACACUCAAAAAUACACACUGGAGAAAAGCCAUAUUCCUGUUCUGAAUGCGGAAAAGAAUUCUCACGAACUGACCAUCUUCGUAAACACACACAAAUACACACUGGAGAGAAGUCCUGAUCCAUGAAACUAAUUAAAAGAAACUUCCAGGCCCAUGCUGACAGCCUACAAAUUAUGGUGAACACAAAGAAGCUGUAAAAAAUAUACUGUAUACCAAAAUGAAUACCAUCAAGCAACUGGCAAUCCUCGUCUGAUCCAACUGCUUGAGAAUAAUCAAUUAGUUCAGUUAUUUUCAUAGACAGUGUGUGUGUGUGAAUUGGUGUACAAAGCUGUUGGGACUUGAAUAGACAUCUGACUCAGAAGGUGGCACGGGUUUGAUAGAAACUGGUCCUGAUCAACAAUUGUUGCAUUGCAGACCAUCCUCCUAAAUUCACACGAGUACUCCAGUGUGUCUAGUCACCCCCCCUGCUAAAGUUUGGACAAAUUUCACACGAAUAGUAAAAAGGUUUAUUCUUAUAGUAUUUUUAGUUUAUUUAAUGGACAACAAAAUUUUUGAAAACAAUUGACUGAUUUUGUCCUUCAGCUUCAUAUGGACAAUUUGCUUUCAUAUUGAUAGAUGAGAAGAGGUAAACUGGAAAUAAUGGAUGAACUUAUGCUGCAGACAAAUGAUUUAAUAGUCAUGUGUAGAAUCUAUGAACCACUCAUGCAGGGUAUCAUCAGGGUACAAGAUACUGUAUCUGAGGGUUUAUGCACUGGAAGGCACCACAAAGUCUCCAAACUCCUAUGGAAACCUUCCAGAAAUUACAACCUACUCGCUGCUAGAGAGACAUUAGAACCACCUGCCAUAAGGAAUAAUGGUGAGUGAAGAGGCCCUGAUCGUUUGAAAGGAACACUUCAUAUGUGGUGUAAUGUCUAAAAUAUGGAUUUGUAUUGCAAACAUUUUGCCGGGAUUCGGUAUGGGUAAAAUUAAGUACGUUCUGUUGAUCAGAACAUUUUGAACCAAAGGGUCAUAAAUGAAAGUUGCAAAAUUACACGUUCAAUUUCUGAUUGGUGUCCAGCAG